CGUCAGGAUUUGCCUUGGGAAGGGCUGAGGCAGAUGGGGAGAAAGCGAUGAGUCCCCACACCUGGUGGCGGGAAGGGCAGGGUGGUCCUGAGGGAAGGACCACCCUCAUCUCCUGCUGGGGGGCAGCCGAGCUGCCCGGGAGCGUGGUGUGGAAGAAUGUGACCGUUCCCACGCCAGCAGGUGGUCACACCUUGAGGGAGAGCAUCCUCCUUGAUUUCAGCCCUCCAGAUGGCCAGGGCUGGCUCCUGCCCCUCAGUAUUUCCCAGGGAGACUCUUCGUUUGUAUUUCCAGUGAGGAGCAGGGUGGGGAGACUGGGAAAAGCUGCUGGAGCCUUCAGUGGCAGGAGAGCUUGGGGGAGAUGCGCAGGUCGCGUUGGCCGGGUGGAUCGCUCGAUGGCUGUCCCAUACAAGGUUGGGGCUGGAGGAACCUCACCUCCCCUGGUCCCAGCCCCGUUUCAUUUGUCACGCUGCGAUCCUGUGUGCUCUCGGCUCCUGCCUGGCUGCUUUGCCGGCUGCUGCCCCCCUGUUUUCGCCUCUUGCCGUUGGGGAUGUGGGCUACCUGGGGAGGAGACGGUUCCUCUGUACCUGGAGCUGUGCAGGGGUAGCACGACCUGCUAAAGCUCGGCCCCUGUGCCCAGUGUCCUGCCCCGAACUCAAAAGGCAGGUGAUGGAUGGGGAUGAGCUUCGUGGGCCGGGCUGGGGGUGCAGGGCCCACUGCCUGGCUGGUGGCCCCGGGGCUGGAGCUGUGUCCCCUGCGGAGGACAGUGCCCAAAGCCAUCGCCAGCCCUGCAAGGGGGAAGAAAGCUGGGGGCUAAGCCCAGGUACCCUGAAGACACAUGAGGUCGCACUGCGCCUCUAGAAAAACAGCUCUGCUGUGCCUAGACCUUACCUCCUGCGGGGUGUUGACCAUCUCCCCCGUGCUGGGGUGAAUGUCACCCAGCGGUUGUGCGUGCACUGAACACUGGUGGCUGUUAGGUGACAAACCCGGGGUGGGGGGGGGGCUGAUUGCCUUGCAUUGGUCGCACGGAGCAGCACAGCUGCCCUUUGAGUCACGGAAUCGCAGAGCUUGGAGGCACCUUGGAGAUGUCCUGUCCAUCCCCCCGCCCCGGCAGAGCCAGCUCCAGCAGGUUGCUCAGGGCUGUGGCCGGGUGGGUUUUGGGUACCUUCACAGAUCGAGACCCCACAGCAGCCUGGGCAGCCCGCUCUGGUUUUGACAACCCUCACGGGGAAAAAAAAGUUGUUUUUCUUAAGAUGAAGUGGCGUUUAAUGGUGUCACUUUGUUCUUGUCUCUCGUCCUUCACGGGGCACCGGCUGCUCAGAAGAGGCUGGGUCCUUCCCUGUGCUCCCUCCCGUCAGGUCUUUAUACACAUGGGUGACAACCCCCUGGGAAGUCCAGUCCCUUCACCAUUGUCACGGCGCCAGCUGGAUCUGCUCCAGCAUGCCCACAUCUCUCGCACUGGGGGCCCGGCAUCCCCCUGUGCCUCCCCCGUGCAGAGGGGAGGGCUCAGAGCUGCUGGAGGUGCUCUGCCUGCGGUGCCCAGGAGACCGGUGGCUGCUUUGCCAGAGGCUGCGGCGCUGGCUCCUGGUCAGCUUGGUGCCUGCCAGGUUUCCGGGGAAGGGCAGGGUCCUGCCUGCAGGCGCUGCCGGCCCUGGGUGCCCAGGCUGGGAGGGCGCAGGGUUGCCAGCCUCCGCCUGCCCCGGCUCGCGCCGGGGGAAGGAGCUGAACCCUGCGUUUUACUGCGCCUGAUGCAAUCGUGCUGCAAUCUGCUGUCCAAGGCCACCGGCUAGGAGGGGACAAACCUCCACGCCCAGCCCUCAGCAACGGGGGCCCGUCUCUGUGUACGGGGGCUGCCGGCAGGAGAGCUCCCCUGGGGCAGUCCCGGCCCCACGGGUCCUGGCAGCAGCUUCCCCUGUCCAGGUGGGGAAACUGAGGCUGGGCAGUGGCUGCCAUCACCAGGCAGCCCCGGUGGUGCCCUGUGGCGGCUCUGGCUGCCGAGCCACGCUCCUUCCGGACUGAACAGCCCAUACUGGGGCUCUGCCGGGGUUGAUUUCCCCCGGGAGUGACCUGGUUGUGGCCCUAGAGCUGUGCCCCUUUGCCCCGCAGCGGCCACGAGCUGGGUGCUGAGACGCUCCUGCCAGAAGGAGCGGUGCAGGCGGGGGUGAGGGCUGGCCCCGCAGAUGGCACCUCUGUGUCCCCAGGGCCAGGAGCUGCCUGCUGAGGCGGGGGGAGAGGCAGCCGGAGGCUGGGGAAGGAGGGCUGCAGGCAGCCUGCCAGGCUCUGCGCCAGCCUGGGCACCCUCCCAAAGCGGCUGCUGCACAGACCGCGUGGAGCAGCGGGAACACGGGGCUGCCUGGCUGCUCUGCCCGCGCUGGGCAGGAUGAGAUCCCCCCUGUCCUGCCUGCCCCCGGGGGGUCCCUGGGGACUGCCCUGGUGGGUCCCUAGGCUCGGCUGGAGCCCAAGCUUUCGGCAAAGCCAGCUCAGCUGGGUGCUGGGACAGGCUGCUCCUUCUGUAUGUCCUCCUUGUCCCUGCCUCCUCUCCCAGCCUGUCCCAAGUCUCCAGACAGCUGGAGUUUUGUUCUGAAUUUGAAGCUCCAACAUUUUUAUGUCUAAACACCCCCAGUCCUAAGGAUCCUGCUUGCUGCGGCUCUCCAUUGCCCGAGUGCAUCACAACCCCUUCCCGGCUCCGGGUCACUCCUGGCACCCCAUUCCCACUUCGCCCAGCACAGCUGCCUUCCCUGGCCGGGCUGCACCCGGCUGCCAGCCCGUGCCCUGUGCCCCAAGGCUCUCCCGCUGCUCCUUACGCUCAGGGACUGUUUCUCCCUGUGGUCAGGCAUGACACAGCCCAGGCAGCUGGCACGGCAUGGCCCCCACGCCCCGGCAGAGGUGCCAGCUUCUCCUCUCGGACUGGCAGCAUGGCUGGCUCAGCAGGAAGAAGUGGCCUUUUUCCUCGCCGAGCUGGUUUGUGCCACCAGACCAUGCAAGCUGGCCCCAUCCCGGGCAGAGCAGCACCCGGCAUCUCAGCCCGGUUGGAAAAGAGGGGCUGGAGAAGAGGGGUUCGGUGGGGAAAAGCAGUCGAAGGUCUCCUGGGGACGCACAGCUGCCAGCUCGCGUGAUGCUGGCAGCGGUGCCGGGCGGCAGGACCACGGGUGACCCGUCCCAGCCCGGCAAACCGCCUCGCCAUAAACCCACUGUUGGGGCUGGGAGGCCGAUAACGGCGGGGCUGAAGUCCAACACGGGGCAGAUUCCAGCCCUGGGCUCGCUGUGUGACCUCCCCACCGGCCCUGUGCCUCUCUGGGCUCCGUUUUACCCUCGCCGUGGCCCGGAGGCCCAGAUGGCCGGGCAAGCGGUGUUCGCCCUCCUGCUGCUGCUGCUGGCCGGGACCAUCCUCCCCAGUUGGUCCACGGUCGUCAACAGCUGCAGCAGCGCGGCCGAGCGGCUCUGCGACUUCGUCUGCGACUGCAGCGACUGCUCCGAUGAGAACCAGUGCGGGUACCUGCGGGGCUCAGCAGUGCUGGGCACCCCUUUCACCUGCGAUUUCGAGGAAGGCGGUUGCGGCUGGCAGGACGUGAGCACCUCGACUUACAGAUGGGUGCGGGGCAGGGCCAGCCUGGCUGCAUGGGACGUGGGGCCCCACUCAGACCACACCGUGGGCACCGACCUGGGGUGGUUCAUGGUGACGGUGUCCCCUCCGGCAAAGACCGCGGCCACAGCCUGGCUCAGGUCACCGGUGAUGCGAGAAGCGGCCGCCACGUGUGAGAUCAGGGCCUGGUACCACCUCUCGGGAAGCGGGCUCAACCAGACGGAGCAGCCGGUGCUGCGCCUGGCCAUGGCGUACAGGGAUGAGGUGGUGGGACUGUGGCAGAGCCCCGGGCGCGGAGGCGAGGGCUGGCACCAGCUGGUCGCCUACCCGGGCCGGAUCGCGGGGCAGUUCCAGCUCAUCUUCUCCCUGACACAACCGCCGGGAUGCGGGGCACAGCUGGCUCUCGACGACGUCAUCUUCAGGAACUGCGGCUUGGAGGAGCCAGGGCAGCAGGUCUGCGGGGCGGAGGAGAAACGCUGCAACCGGGGGUCCUGCCUGGCACAGCACCGCUUCUGCGACAACACUGACGACUGCGGAGACGGCUCGGAUGAGGAGCCCAUGCAGUGCCAGAACUUUUCCCACUGCUCCUUUGAGGACGGUCUUUGCAGCUGGAAGGCAGAGGACGGGCAGACAAAGUGGGAGAGGAACACGAGCCUGAGCCUGGGGACUGGGUACAGCGUCCCCCCCCGGGACCACAGCAGGAACAGCAGGGCAGGUUUUUUCCUCCACGUGAGCGACACCUCGGCCGCGGGGGCCAGCGGCACAGCGCAGCUCAGCAGUCCCAUUUUCCAGGCCACCAACUCCUGCUCCCUCGUGCUGUACUGCUACCUCCACGGCUCAGCCACCAGCAGCCUCAGCAUCUCCUAUGUGACCAACUCCACCACCAAGCACCUGGUGAGGGAGAGGAUGGGAGACCUGGGCAGCUCCUGGGUCCGGGAGAGAGUGGACUUCAAAGUGACCGAGAGCUUCAAGGUGCUGAUUGAGGGGGUGGCCAGCAGCGCGGGGACUGUGGCCAUCGAUGACCUGAUCCUCUCUCCGGGCUGCAAGCCGAUGCAGGCCCAGGGUGGUUCACCAUCAGACAACACCUCGACCACGCUGCCGAGCCAGACGCGUGCCGCCCCCUGCACGGCCGAGGAGGUGGCCUGUGACAGCGGGGACUGCAUCAGCGCGGAGCUGGCCUGCGACUUCGCUGAGACGUGUGCCGACGGCUCCGACGAGAAGCGCUGUGGAGCCACCACCUUCGAGGCGGGGGCCGGGGGCUGGCACGACGUCAGCGUGGGGCGGCUGCGCUGGGGCGUGCAGGAGGCCACUGAGGCUGCCAACACCGUCCUCACAGGCGCUUUCCUGGCCCUCCAGGCAGGAGAAGGACAAGCGAUGGCUGCUGCCAAGGCACGCACGCCUCUGCUGGGCCCCUCUGGCCCUGCCUGCGCCAUGGAGAUGAGCUACCGCAUCCACCACAGCCCCCAAGGCUUCCUCGCCGUCAGCAUCACGGAUCACACCACCGGCACCACCCACCUGGCCUGGCACACGAGGGGACAUGCUGGCACAGCUGAGGGACGUGUUCGUGUCCUGCUGGGGGAGAGGACACGGCCUUUCCAGGUCGAGCUGCUGGGGCUGGUGGAUCUGCAGGACUCGGAGAGCGCCGCCAUCGACAAUGUGACAUUCGUGCAGUGCCACCCCGACGCGGUGCCAUCAGAGGCCGCGGAGCUGUCCUGCAACUUCGAGAGGGGCACGUGCGGCUGGUACCAGGAUCAGUCCAGCGACUUCAAAUGGGUCCAUGGCACGGGGCAGGGGCAGGGCUCUGACCACACCACUGGCUCGGGCUACUUCUUGGCUGCGGACCCCUCUGCGCCGUGGAGCCGCGGGCAGCGGGCGCAGCUCGUCACCUACCGCCAGCAGCCCGCCGCCGCCCCGCGCUGCCUCUCCUUCUGGUACCGCCUGGCCGGCCCGCAGAUCGGCACCCUGAACCUCAAGCUGCGGCUGGACGGAGCGGAGGAGACGGUGCUGUGGACCCGGCGGGGGACCCAGGGCAGCGUCUGGCACCGGGGACAGGCCACGCUGCCUGCCACGGGCCAGCGGCAGUACAGGGUGGCCUUCGAGGCCCUGCGGGACGGGUUCCUGGGGGAUGUGGCGCUGGAUGACCUGGCGCUGACGGCGGGGCCCUGUGGGGCCGAGCUCUCCUGCUCCUUCGAGGCGGAUGCCUGCGGGCUGGCAGCCAGCGAGGCGCGUUCCUGGCUGCGGCAGAGCAACGGCACUGGCACCGCCGCCGGCCCCGCGGCCGACCACACCACCGGCACCGCCACAGGCCAUUACAUGGUGGUGAGCACAGGCAGGGGCUCCCUGCCUGCGGGGCGCGUGGCCGCCCUCACCUCCCGGCCCUACCAGCCCUCUGCACCCACCCAGUGCCUGGCCUUCUGGUACCAGCUGAGUGCCGGGACCCCAGGAUCUCUCGACGUCUUCGUGGAGCAGAGCGGGGUGAAGAGGAAGGUGAUGAGCGUGAGCACCAUGGAGGGGGAUGCCUGGCACCGCGGCCACGUCACCGUCCAGCCGGAUGGGGACUGGCAGGCCACGUUCGAGGCAGUGGGAGCUGGGGGCAACCACGGGUACAUCGCGCUGGAUGACCUGCACGUGUCAGACGGAGCCUGCCCCGAGCCAGCGUCCUGUGACUUCGAGCGGGACCUGUGCGGCUGGAGCAGCCCCUCGGACCCCCGCCUGCACGGCUUCGCCUGGGGCUGGAAGAGCGGGGUGCCCCUUGUCAAGUACCCCGGCCCCGAGCAGGAUCACACCCUGGGCACAAGGGAUGGUCACUACGUGCACUUUGACACCAGUGUGCUGGGCUCUGGGGGCACCACUGCCCGGCUGGAGAGCCAGCACCUGCCUGCUGCUGCCGACUCCUGCCUGCGGUUCUGGUACCACAUGGACAUCCCGGAGCACCUCUCCUGCGGGGAGCUGCGGGUGAGGCUGCACAGUGCGGCGGGGCAGCGCACGGUGUGGAGCGUGGCGGGGCACCGGAGCCGGGGCUGGCGGGGCGGCGUGGUGCCUGUGCAGAGCCACAGCGAGUUCCAGAUCAUCUUUGAGAUCACAACGCAGAGGUGGCCGAUGGAGGGGACGGUGGCACUGGACGACAUUGUGUACAGCUCGGGGAGGGGCUGCCAUUCCAGCCCCGAGGUGCCAGGGGAAGAGAAAUCCUCCAGCAGCUUUGUGACACAGGUGGUGCUCAGUCUCCUCCUGGCCAUCAUCGUCCUGGCGCUGGUGGCUGUCGGAGGCUGGUACUGGCUGAAGCGGCGAGGGCCAGCAAGCGGGACGCCAGCAGAGAGCAACGCUCCCCAGGGCUUCGACAACAUCACUUUUCGAGAUGACAAGGUCAUUAUAUCUCCAGAGCCAAAAGAGGGGAAUGAGGUUUGAAAUAACAAGCCAGCAGCAGUAAUUGCCUACUCACGCCUGCGAGGCGUACGCAGGGCAGAGCAUCCCCCCGGCAAGACCCCACACUCCAGCAGCCGCCUCCGGCUCUCAGCAUCCAACAGCGGGGAGCUGCAGCGGGCGCUCACCCCGGGGUGCCAGCCCCGCCGAGGGACGUGCCACUGCCUCCACUACCUCCAUUGCUCGGGAAAUUACAUUGUUUUUCGUAACAUGAAUUUUCUGCACCAAGACGUAGUGACAUGCCCAUGCUUUGCCAGGCGCCGUCAGCAGGAGUUCCUUGCAGUGGCCAACCACGU